AGCCAUUUAGGCUCCAGCUGAAAACGGCGGAUCCAUAUCUUUCGACCUCAUAAGCACCGUACUGUUCUGGCACACACCAGUAGCCUGCACCCGAAAGCAUGCCCGCCGCCACGAAGGACGGAGAGUACGGGGCGUGCGAAGCCCUCGACACGGGCGCUGGCAGCGCUGGCCAGAAAGCAAAAGUCCCGUCCGUCUACAAAGUCCAUGCCGCGCUCGCGACGGGGUACUGCCUGUUCGCUGGCGGCGCCAUCGUGGGCAAGUUUGGCGUCCACGGCACCAGCGCCAUCAUCUUCGAGCUCUUCCGCGAGUUCUGGUCCCUGAUCGCCCUCCUCACGGGCCUUUUCAUAUUCGGGAUCAAGCCCUUUCCAGCGCGGGAGGACGUUCCCCGGGUAAUCAUGGGCGGCACGGCGUUCUUCUGCAACCAGGUGUUUUGGUUCGUGGCGCUGAAGCUUGCUGACCCCGUGACCGGCUCCGCGUGGCAGACUUUUCUGCCCAUCUUGACAGCACUGCUGUCGGUCAUCCUCGGCCAGACCAAGCUGGAGGGGAUGAAGGCGCUCGGCAUCGUCAUCUCCGCCUCUGGUGCCGUCUUCAUGGUGGUCUUCGACAGCCGGCCCAGCAUGGCGGUUGCCACGGAGUCUGGGGUGCUGCUCCGUGCGGUCAGCCACCUCAUCUUCUUCUGCAACAUCGCUGGCACCUCCAGCUAUUUCAUCAUCAUGAACCGAUUCGGCAACAAGUACACGCCAGUGCAGACGGUCACGUGGUCGAUAAUGACUAGCAUCACCCUGCUGAGUCUCACCGCCGUGAUGAUGUUCGCGUUCAGGCCGCUGCACCAGGUGUUCUGCCACGCCGACUCGCAGGCCCUGAUAGAGAAGUGCAUGAAUCAGGGUCUAUGGCUGCCAACCUCAGUCUACUUCCCGCUGUUCUACGAGGUGGUGAUCUGCACUCUCGUGGCCUGGCCUAUGCUGAACUGGGCAAACCAGCACACGGACCCCGCGGUAGUGUCUGUGUACAUGGGCCUGCACCCAGCAGCUACCACAUUCAUCUGCAUGUCAAUUGUGGGCGUCAUGGGGGCCCCCUGGGCCCGUCAGUUCCACAUCGGCAUGCCUGGUCUUAAGGACCUCGGCAUCUUACUGAUAGUCAUUGGUCUGAUGGUCGUCUUCUAUUGCGAGCUGCUGGUGUCCAAGAAGACAGCGCUGCAUGAUCAGCGGCCCAAGAUGAAGGUGUAGGCACACAGCCGUGGCCGUUGUCACGUGGCAUCGCGUCUCUGACCGUGGAACGUGUGCGUAUGAGUUCUCUUUUGUGUAGCCCCCGCGUGGGGGCACACGAGCACACGAACAGCGCACUUGCCUACGAAAAGUUGAGCAUUGGCGUAAACGGUGUAAUUACCAUCUAGUGGCAUCGCGCCCACGCCUGAUUAAGGUGUCGGCGUGGCUGCCGCCAAUGGCAUAAUAUUGUGAAGCCAACUGCCGAUGCGCCGGCGAAAUCAUUCCGUUCCUUACCCACAAAUUUAUCUGCCAAGCAUCUAUUGGUCGUGCCCUCUCAGAUUCUAACGCCCUGAGGUGGCCUCGGCCUGGCUGUUGCAGCGCCGGAGCGUUCCUGCAACACUUGAUGUUGCACCUGGUACUGCGAUUAGCAAAGGCGCCGACCCCUUUCGGUUCUGGUAAGUUUCAUUGGGCGCCCUGCCAGUGUACAUCACCGUCCCUCCUGCGUUCCUCCCCCUUGCUUCUUACGCAGCUGUUUCCCUGUGGCGUGAGAAGGCACCUACAGCUUGCAUUGCUCGCCGGAUGCCUUGACGGAGGCCGAUUGGCUGCAGUCUGAGCGCUUGAGGAUGCAAACUUUCUGCCUCCCUUCCCCCCCGCCCUUCCCAAGACUCGGGGGUGGACAGAACCCCCAACAGUGACACGUCGAUUAGUGAAUUGUCCGUUUUCGGUUCUCGAGAGUGCGCCGCGGCCGUUAUUUUCCAGGGUUGCGCCCGCCAGGUUUGGGCCUCAGGUCGUUUUCACUAAACCAUGUUUUGCUAAAGGGAGGUCUGUCCAUCCCCGAAAGACCGCUCUCCCGCGGCGACGUUUCAAGCUGUGCACCGUGGGCUGCAGCAGCACCCGGUGAGGCAGGCCGUCGCGGAAGAGGCGGGCCAGGCAGCCCGCACCGACGCUCCGCUGCCCGCUGCCUGGUGUGACAAGACAUCUGCCCUCCACUCACCGAGCGCGUUCCCCUACUCGCAAAGCGCCUACUCUGAAGUCGGGCCUGUCCCUCUACAGGAG